GCCCCCGCCCCCCGCCCCCCGCCCCCUGGCGCCGCCACCGCGGUCAGCCAGCGGACCAGCGGCAGGAGCCGUUCCCCGACGGGCAGCAGGGCGCUCGGCCUCCGCGUCUGGGCUGAGCGCGGCGACGCUGCUGCCCCGAAAUCCUCGUGGAUCUUGAGUCGUAUGGAACCUCAAGGUCUUUGUGACAAUGGAAACCAAAAAAUUAAUUGGUAAACCGCUUCAACCAGCAAGACCUGUUCGUCAUCUGACUUCUCCCCCAGGAGCAGUGUUCCCUCUCAACUUUCAAAAUGAAUAUCCAUGCAACACUCAGUGCAUACAAAGUGGAGUUAGCAGAUGUAAGAUGAAUGGAAUGCAAGCCUUUUCUCAAGGUCUUAAUGAGCAACAGCAACAUCAGUCUCCAGUUAAAAAAGAGAGAAUUAAAUACAGCAGAGAUUUCCUGUUGAAGCUCUCAAGUGUUUCCAUCUGCAGAAAAAAACCAGACUUUCUGCCCGAUCAUCCCAUUGUACUGCAAAAACCAGAAAACAACCAAAGUUUUAAGUAGCAUUUUAAGAACAGAUGAAUUUGAAGAUAAAGAAUUAUUCAUUUUACAGUUUGGACAUCUGCAAAUGAGGUGGAUCUAGCAACAAUAACUGUAAUGGACUGUGACAAUUCAAUUUAUUCUUAAUUUUGAUGGUUGGCUAUUUGACUUCUCUAAAAAUGAAAAAGAGCUAUUUUAAACUAUAAAGAAUUUUCUAAUCAGUUUCAGCUUUGCAGGAGGUUUCCUGCAUAAAUUGGGAAGUAACACUGGAAAGUAGGAAUUUGGUUAGUGAAGUGGGAAGACUGUAUAUUUAUAAUUAGCAUACUACUUGCAAUUUUUUGUUUUUCAUCACUUGUAAUAAUGGAAUGGAAAUGUAAGCUGUAAAGACUCUCAAAUAUAAAAUAUUUGCUACAGUGUAUAUAUGGUACAUAAUUUCUUGUUGCUGUUAAAGUUGCUUUUGUUGUUCUGCUUCCCACUGAUUUCAUACCAGCUCAUGAAUGGAUCAUUACAGUCUCUCCAGAGGCUUAGAAUGAUUCAGAAUAUUCAAUGCAUAGUUCUCAAUAAACAGGAGGGAGAAUUUUUAAUGGGUAUUUCUUUUCAGAUAUAUGAUUGGUCUCUAGGUUUUUGAUAAUAAUAUGGUCUUAAAUUCAUAAUUACUAGCAGAGAUUGAUAAUUUGGAAACAAUGGUAGUGAGUGAAACUGAAGUUGAAAAACAGCUGCUACUUAUGUCACUAAUCAGACCAUAUGAAUAGCAGAAAUUGAGCAAUUUAAAAGUAAAACUGAUAUUUUUAUUUCCAAAAGAAUUUAGACAUUUGAAAAUAAUUGACAUACAUUAAGUUUUAAUUCUAUAAUUUCUUAUAUAUGUAUGAAGAAUUUUUGGGUUUAAGCUUUUAAUUCCUAGAAAUUUUAUACAUUAAAUCUCCUGCAAUUUGUCACUCUGGAUGUUACUGUUGUUAAAAAAAAAAAAAAAAAAAAAAAAAGGGUUU